AUGGAUCACCCAACCAAUUUAACUCUCUUCAAUGGCACAUAUGAUGAAUUAACAUCUGUUGUAGGUUCCGCAAAUGGUCUUGUUGUUGCUGUCUUUGGAGCUCAAUGGUGUCCUCCUUGCAAGAGAUACGCAGACUUUCUUCCACAGAUUGCCAUGGAAUUUGCGAAAGUAACAUUCUUACAGAUCAACACUGAUGAAGCAGUUGAAGUAGUUCAACAUUAUGGAAUAUUUUCUAUUCCUCAUACAAAAUUCUUGAAGGCUGGUCAAGGAAAUCAAAUCCAAGAACUUGCAGCUAUUACCGGAUUCGAUAUUUCGCAAAUAAGAGCUAAAAUCCAACAAUAUGGAAAUUAA